AGUACUUGAUGAACUUAAAAAUUAUUCCCACACUGAUCCGAGUAAUGUUUCUGAAGAUGUCAAAGUAAUGCCUUCCUCUUGCCUCUCCGCACCAAUGAAUACCACUGGAAUGCAUGUAAUUAAAGUGCCAGGACAGAAACCCUUUAAAGUUCUAUGCGAUAGUAGUUUAGCUGGUCUGGGAUGGAUUGUUAUUCAGAAGCGUACAAACGGAAGUCUUAACUUUUUCCGUAAUUGGCAGGAAUAUCGUGAAGGUUUUGGCAAUCUGAAUGGCGAAUUCUUUUUGGGUCUGGAAAACAUACGUGCAAUUACGGCUCUGGAACCAUACGAGCUUUACAUACACUUGGAAGACUUUAAUAAGACUGUGCGUCAUGCCAGAUACGAUGAAUUCGCCAUAGACAAUGAAGUCGGGUCUUAUGCCCUUAAUGUAUUGGGUAGAUAUACAGGAACUGCUGGCGAUUCGCUUAGAUCGCAUUAUAGAAUGAAAUUUUCCACUUAUGAUCGUGAUAAUGAUCAUGAAUUUAAUAGAAAUUGUGCAUUUUCGUAUGUUGGAGCUUGGUGGUAUAAUGCCUGUUUGGAUAGCAAUCUAAAUGGACAAUACAUCGAUGGGGGCAAAUACGAAGAGAAAAUGUUUGCCCGUGGAAUGUGUUGGAGAUCAUGGCAUGGUCACAAUUAUGGAUAUAAAAUUACACAAAUAAUGAUAAGACCCAAGUGUCGUAAAAUUGGACCCCACAAUCGUUAAUAGAUCUAGAAAUGUCAUAAUGACGUCAAUUCCACAACUUAUCUCUUACAUGGGAAACGAACUUGACCUGAAUAUUUUGCAAGUGCAAUUGAUAACGCAUUGCAUUGAUUUA